AUGUUGUCGCAAGCUUACAAAUUAAGAAGCUGUUUGCACAAGUCUUCUUCUGUUGUUCGUCAACAAGUUAGAAACUUGUCCAUCCACGAAUACCGUUCGGCUGAACUGUUGAGACAAUACGGCGUUGGUACUCCAAAAGGUGCAGCUGCUCAUACCGUCGAUGAGGCUACCAAGAUUGCCAAGGAAUUGGGUGGUAAGAACUUGGUCGUCAAGGCUCAAGCUUUGACCGGUGGUAGAGGUAAAGGUCAUUUCGAUAACGGUAUGCAAUCUGGUAUCCAUAUGAUCGAUUCUGUGCAAGAUGCUACUGAAGUCAGUGGUAAGAUGCUUGGUUACCAUUUGAUCACCAAGCAAUCUGGUAUUAAGGGUAAGUUAGUGUCCGGUGUUUACAUUGUCGAAAGAGUGAAUGCCAAACACGAAGCUUAUUUGUCUAUCUUGAUGGACAGAAAGACUAAGAAGCCAUUGAUCAUUUGCUCUAGUGAAGGUGGUAUGAAUAUCGAAGAUGUGGCAAAGACCAACCCAGAUGCUAUCAAGAAGUUCUACGUCGAAGAUUCCGUUGGAUUGACCCCAGAAACUGCUGCUGAGAUUGCUGCCUCCUUGGGUUUCUCCAAGGAAGCCGAAGCUGAUGCUAAGGAUGCAGUCUUGAAGUUAUAUAAGAUCUUCAAGGAAAAGGAUGCUACUCAAAUCGAAAUUAACCCAUUGAGUGAAGUUCUUGACCAGGAUAAGAAGGUCAUGUGUAUGGAUGCCAAGUUCGGUUUCGAUGACAAUGCCUCCUUCAGACAAAAAGACGUGUACUCAUGGAGAGAUUUGACUCAAGAAGAUCCAGAUGAAGUUACCGCCAAGAAGAGUGACUUGAACUUUGUCAAGUUAAAGGGUAAUAUCGGUUGUUUGGUCAACGGUGCCGGUUUAGCCAUGGCCACCAUGGAUGUCAUUAAGUUAUAUGGUGGUGAUCCAGCUAACUUCUUGGAUUGUGGUGGUGGUGCCACUCCGGAAACUAUCGAAACUGCUUUCAAGUUGAUCUUGUCCAACGAUAACGUCGAUGCCAUCUUCGUUAACAUUUUCGGUGGUAUUGUCAGAUGUGAUUUCGUCGCUCAAGGUCUAGUCGCUGCUACCAAGAACUUGUCUGUCAAGGUCCCAAUUGUUGCUCGUCUACAAGGUACCAACUUGGAACAAGGUAGACGAAUUAUCGCUGAAUCCGGUUUGAAGAUCUAUUCCUUCGACGAAUUGGACCCAGCUGCUGAAAAGGUUGUUGAGUUGACUAAUAGCAAAUAA